GAGAGAGAGAGAGAGAGAGAGAGAGAGAAGGAGGCUGCAGACUUUCCGACCAGAGAGGAAGAGGAGAGGAGGAAGAAGAGGCAGAGGUAGAGGAGUCUCCAUCUUCGCCGUUCCAAUCAUGACUCUGGAAGACGGCUUCUGAAACUCUGAUUGGUACAAAGACUCUUCAGCUACAGGACCCCCGAGCUCUGACCAGAUGGAGGUGAAUGCGGUUAAAAAACGCCAUCGCACACGAUCCAAAGGAGUCAGAGCCGCCGUGGAAGCAGUGACACAGGAGUUAUUCAGCUGUCCCACGCCGGGCUGUGAUGGCAGCGGUCACGUCAGCGGGAAGUACGCCAGACACCGCAGCGUCUACGGCUGCCCGCUGGCCAAGAAGAGGAAGGCUCUGGAAAAACAACCACUGGAGCCGGCUGCCAAGAGGAGGCCAUUCCUCACCUCCUGCACGGGGGAGGAGGAGGAGGAGGAGGAGGAAGAGGAGGAGGACGCCAGCACCUACACCAGCUACCAGAAUGAAGCCAUGCAGGUGGGAGCGGGAGGGAAGGAGCAGGGCGAGGUAGUGGAGGAGGACGAGGAGGAAGAGAGAGAAGGAGAUGAAGACGGCGACGUGGAGGAUGAGUUCUCAGAGGACAAUGAGGAGCAGGGAGAGGAGGAGGAGGAGGAGGAGGAGGAAGAAGAGGAGGAGGUAGAGGUGGAGAGAGCGGACACGACAAUGGGAGGACAGCGGGUGGAGGAAGACGAAGAAGAGGAGGAGGAUGAGGCGAUGUAUGAGGAGGAGGAAGAAGUGGAGGAUGGUGAUGAUGAGGAGGAACAGGAGGAUGAGGGAGAGGAAGACGAGGAGGAGGAUGAGGAGGAGAAUCGUCAACAUGUAGAGAACCACUACAAACCCAGUGGACAAUCAAAGCUCAUUCCAAUUCAGAAGGACGACAACAACAACAACAGCUGCGCCAUCGGCGCCGGUCACGGCACCGGAGAGGAUUAUGAGAACUACGACGAGCUGGUCGCCAAGUCGCUGCUCAACCUGGGCAAGAUCGCAGAAGACGCCGCGUACCAGGCCAUGACCGAGUCCGAGAUGAACAGCAACUCUUCCAACAGCGCCGGGGAAGACGAAGACGACGACGAGUACGACGGCAGCAAUCACGGCGACCGGAAGGGCGAGCUGAGCGUGGACCUGGACAGCGACGUGGUCAGGGAGACAGUAGAUUCCCUGAAGCUCCUGGCGCAGGGACACGGCGCCAUGCUGCCUGAGGACGGCUACCCGGAGGGCGUCAUGAUGGACGACGUCGGCCACGCCAACGGUCGGCCCGGCGUCGGGGUCAGGGUUCAGGCGGAUGAGAGCGAGGAGGAGGUGUGUCUCAGCAGUCUGGAGUGUCUGAGGAACCAAUGCUUCGAUCUGGCUCGGAAACUGAGCGAGACGCAGUCGUGUGAUCGCCCCGCCCUCCACGCCCUCCACCACCAGCUCCAAAUCCCAACGGAACAUCAGAUGAUGCAUCACCUGAACAGGUACGACAGCUGCCAGCAGAGUGCACAGGAGGAGCACCGGUCUCUGGAGCGCAGCUACUCCGACAUGGUGAACCUGAUGAAGCUGGAGGAGCAGCUGAGCCCGGGGUCCAGAGGUUACCCGACCAGCUGCAGCCAGGAGGGCGACGAAGACACCACGUCGGUGGCCUCCGACCGCUCCGACGAGACCUUUGACAUGGCCAAGGGAAACCUGUCGCUGCUGGAGAAGGCCAUCGCCCUGGAAUCGGAGAGGGCGAAGGUCAUGAGGGACCGCAUGGCCUCGGAGCACUCGCUGCCCCGUCGGGAUCACCAUCACCAUCGAGGCCACGGCGAGCAUAGCUCGAGGCUGAGCUGCGCCGGCGAGGAGCGCAAGUCCAGGAUGCACCACGACGGGUUGAAGAGGUCGUACUACCCUAAAGACUCUUCUAGAGGGGAUAAGAAGGAGAGCAAGUGUCCGACGCCGGGCUGCGACGGGACCGGUCACGUGACGGGUCUGUACCCGCACCACCGCAGCCUGUCCGGGUGUCCUCACAAAGACCGAGUCCCACCUGAGAUCCUUGCCAUGUAUGAGAAUGUUUUAAAGUGUCCCACGCCCGGCUGUUCUGGACGGGGUCAUGUCAAUAGCAACAGGAACUCGCAUCGCAGUCUGUCCGGCUGUCCCAUCGCUGCUGCAGAGAAGAUAGCGAAGGUCCACGAGAAGAUUCUCCCGACUGACAGCGGCAGUAAGACCAAUCAGACGUCAGACCGCGUCCUCAGGCCGAUGUGUUUCGUCAAGCAGCUGGAGAUCCCUCAGUACGGCUACAAAAACAAUGUCCCAACCAGCACGCCGCGGUCCAACCUCGCCAAGGAGCUGGAGAAAUACUCCAAGACCAGCUACGACUACGGCGGCUACGACGGCGGCCAGCACGGCGGCUACGGGAAGAGAGGCCCGACCACCAAGUCCCACCACGGCCGAGACACGUCCCCGAAGGGAUACGACGCAAAGCGCUAUUGUAAGACGUCGAGCCCGGCCAGCAGUACGACCAGCAGCUACGCUCCCAGCAGCAGCAGCAGCCUGAGCUGUGGAGGAGGAGGCGGAGGAGGAGGAGGUGGUGGAGGAGAAGGAGGAGGAGGAGGAAGCAGCGCCAGCAGCACCUGCAGUAAGAGCAGCUUCGACUACACCCACGACAUGGAGGCGGCCCACAUGGCGGCCACGGCCAUCCUCAACCUGUCGACGAGGUGCAGGGAGCUCCCGCACGCUCUGGGAGGGAAACCCCAGGACCUGCUGACACAGAGCCCGGUCGACGACCUGGACGACGGCGGCGCGGUGGACGUGUCUGGUCAGCCCGGCGGUCCGGAGGGCAGCGGGACGGUGUUGACCCCCCUGCAGCCGAUGUCGCCCCAGCGGCAGGCUCUGCUCUCCAGCCGCUGCUACCAGCUGAGUGAGGCCGACUGCUGGGACCUGCCCGUCGACUACACCAAGAUCAAACGUCUGGGGGACGAGCACGACCACAAGGAGUCUGCUUAUUUCUCGUCCCUACACCAGAGCGACGAGAUGGAUCCCUUCCAGGAGCUGCUGGACGAGCAGCGCUACCCGGCCGAGGUCACCAUGCCGAGCCCUAAACACCACAAGUACCCGGCCUGCAAGGAGAGCAAGAAGGAGCUCAUCACGUUGUCAAGCUGCCAGCUGGCCGACAAGAACAUCCGCGGGAUGAUGACGACCAACGCACAAGACCUCAGGUGUCCGACCCCCGGCUGCGAUGGAUCUGGACACAUCACUGGAAACUACGCCUCCCACAGGAGUCUGUCCGGUUGUCCACGAGCCAAGAAGAGCGGCAUCAAAAUCCUCCACAGCAAAGAGGACAAGGACGACCAGGAGCCAAUCAAGUGUCCGGUGCCGGGCUGCGAUGGACAGGGUCAUGUGACGGGGAAGUACGCCUCCCACCGCAGCGCGUCAGGCUGCCCCCUGGCGGCGAAGAGGCAGAAGGACAGCUACGUCAACGGCUCGCAGUUUGUCUGGAAAUCUGGCAAGACGGACGGCAUGAGCUGCCCGACCCCAGGCUGCGACGGCUCGGGACACGUCAGCGGGAGCUUCCUGACCCAUCGGAGGUGGGCUCUCUCCGGUUGUCCCCGGGCCACCUCGGCCAUGAAGAAGGCCAGGAUGAGCGGCGUGGAGAUGCUGACAAUCAAGCAAAGAGCAAGCAAAGGCAUCGAGAAUGAUGAAGAAAUCAAACAGCUGGAUGAAGAAAUCAAAGAUCUGAACGAGUCCAACAAUCAAGUGGAGUCCGACAUGCUAAAACUGAGGACACAAAUCACCACCAUGGAGACCAACCUGAAGUCCAUCGAGGAGGAGAACAAGGUGAUCGAGCAGCAGAACGACUCGCUGCUGCACGAGCUGGCCAACCUCAGCCAGUCGCUCAUCAACAGCUUAGCCAACAUCCAGCUUCCACACAUGAGACCGCCGCCACAGAAAGAGGCCCCAGUAAAGCAUAACUGCUGUUUACAGAUGCCUCCCAGAGAGCCAAUGAAUGAACAGAACUUUGACACUUAUGUGAGUACAUUGACAGACAUGUACACUCACCAGGACCAGUACCAGAGCCCGGAGAACAAGGCACUGCUGGAGAACAUCAAACAGGCCGUUCAGGGUAUCCAGGUGUAGCCCUGACCCCCCCGAGGCCCAAAUAACAAAUGCAAAGCAAAAACAACAACAACAAAAAAAGUCAAAAAGAGAGGAAUGGGUUGUUUUUUGCUGCUGUAAUCUACCAUAGUUCUUUUAAUUCUUCUGCUGUUAUGCUCUCAACUCCAUGGGUAUCUCUUUUUUAUUAUUUUGAUUGUCGUUGCCUUGCUUUGAAAAACGUUUUAAACGAACAUUCACGUUUUGUACAUUUUCAUAUGACCUAAUAUAAUGUGAUGUACUGUUUAUAGCUGCUAAUGUAUGCACAUUCUAGUGUAUAUGUAUGUAUUUAUUUAUUGUAAGCUUGAAUCAUUUCUUAUUUUAAAACGCGUCACAUAAAAAAACUGGGCGUCACGGGUUUAACGGGGAGCAGAGCGACGACGGGGAACCUGAAGAGCAAUCACUUUUGAAAGGCUUUUCUCACGAGCUGUUAAAGCUGGAGGUCGUUUAAUGGAUGUAAUUCAUUCAUGUUUCUAAUGUUUGAAACUAAUAUUACUGUAAAUCUUUAAGCUAAAAUGACGAGAAGAACCAACGCUAUAAGCGAGAAGAUUUUCAAACAUCAUGACACGGAAACUUACUGGUGCAAAUCCCAUCAUCCCCCUUCGGAGUUGUUUCGUUUCAAACUGUCCUGUUCUGUCGCUUUUCUUUGUUCGCGCGGAGAACGAAGUGGAAAAAAAGACCAACGGCUACAGAAAACGUAGGAGACAAUCUGCCAUUCUGAAUUUAUUUUAAUCAUCAAACUUGAACUAGCUAAUAGGACAACGUGUCAGCAAUAUUGGUAUGAUAAUAUUAAAUCGUUUGUUUAGAUAUGGGAUGCAAUCUAUAUGAAAAAAUGUUUGGGUAUAUGCAAUUUCUUAUGAAUAAAAACUAGCAAAGAGCUGAUAGAUCUUUUUACUAACUAUAAAUGUAUUGCGUUUUGUACAAACCUUUUACUACAAUCAUGUUUUAGGAAUCUGACGCGGGUGAAAGGACUUUGGUUCUGUCAUGUUCGACUUUGCACAGGGACACCUUUGUUUCCAUGUUUUGAUGUUUUUAUUGUGGAUUAAGAGGCGCUUGGCAGGCGAGAGGAUUUGUAGAUAUGAUUUUUUCUUUCUAAAAAGGCUGACGGCUCCACUGGACUUACAGGGUCAAACGUCCCCAUCCGUCAUUGUAUAUUGCACUCGUUCUGUAGAAAACGUCUUUCCAAUCAUGCGCCUCGUCGUGGGACAUGACGCCAGACGACAUGAUGACCAAGCAGCACUUUUUUUAUUAUCUUUGAUUGUUAUUUGAAAAGAUGAAUUAAAAACCAGAGCCAGCAGUCGCGAUGCGACGCGACGUCUGCGCCACUGAAUUUUACCGACUGAGUAUUUGAUCUGAAUCGGCCUUACGAUGACAUUCAGUCUGAGAUCACAGUACUGAUGGAACAUGUUUUCUGAACACCGUCGAUCAUGCAUGCACUUUAUUGGAGUAUGUCAAAGUAUUAUCACGUGGUAAAUGAAGCAAAAACUGUACAGCGAGUUUGUGGAAACUGUGACUUCGACGAAGACUUUGUGCUGGUGAUUCCUGUUUGAAAGCAACCUGGAACAAAUUUCACUGAGUUGAUUUGUUAUUUAAAGGAAAACUCCUCCUCUGGUCCCCUUCAAAUGUUAACAUCCACCUCUACACUUUAUUUUUUAAAUCUAUUUUAAAAGACAAAUGUGCUGGACCACACUGAUAAGCUUCUGUCCGAAACGCUGCCUUUUGUUAUUUUCUUAAGUAUGCUCCAUAACCACCUAAAACAUGAUGUUGCAAAUGGACAUUUUAAAACAUGAAUGCAUUGUUACAUCAGUUAAUAUGAGACCUGCUUCUCUUUGUACAACCCGUUAAGUAGAGUCGCAAAAUGUGAGGAGUUAUUUCUGGCGUCCAGAGUUUAUAUGUAUUUUAUCUUAAUGUUGUUAAAGUCAACUGCAGAUGCACCAAAUGUUCUCAAUCAUCCAAAUGUGCUCUUAUCCAGGUGAGCUGAAUGAUGAAUCCCACUUGUUCGUUAAUUGGAGCCAAGUGGCCGAUUCUUUAACAUCAGCUUUGGUAACGCCCCUUAAACACCAUAUAAGGGCAGCUGUUGUGUCGUACAAAUACUCUGGCACUUAAUUGGAGCAAUUGGAGCUAUAGGGUGCUGGAAGGUGUGGUUCUCCUGGACAGACAGACCCAAAAUAAAUGAAGAAUAGCUCCACAACUAGCAGGUCUAUCUGCAUGAUGUUGGUCUCUCUGGAUAGGUAAGACCUCAGAGAAUUCAUCCCCAGUGUCAGUAACAUUGUGACUGUUACUAUGCCUGAGUAAACUGGGAUGAACUAUUGUUAUCCUGGCCUAAAAUGUUUAGAUUAGACAGUGGAUAACACCAUUAUAGCAGUGAUGCCGUGCACAGAGACGCCACUGAAUUCAUUCAGCAACUCCUCGACUACAACUGAGCCAAAUCAGAGAUAAAUAACACAAAGCACAUAGAUUCUAUAAAGGUUUUAGUCCGGAUAGGACCAGGAGGACUCUCCAUUUGGCACACUUGGAUACCCAAAGUGUGCCAAAUGGGUUUUCUACCUCUUGAAAGGGAAUCUGGCUCUAAAAUACUCCUGAUAUCAACUACAGGAGACGACGUGCACACAAUGGAGCUUUAAAGGCAGCGUUUUAACACACAGCUCAGUGGUACCGGUACCGGUACUGGCUCCGGCUCCGUCGGGUCAAAGAGGUUCAUAUUUGGACACUUUUUUCUCAAUUCAUGUCGCUCCAAUGUGUGGAAAAUAUGUACACUUAAGGGGAAAAUCAUGAGUUAACUUCAACCAAAUCACGACCAUUUGAUUGGCGACUCUGAGGAUCUGAUACCUAACUUGUUUGAUAUAUUUUUUAGAUGCUAUCAGUCCAGUUUCCCCACAGGAAGGAAAAACAAACCCGGGGGGAGUUUUCCUUUAAAGAUGCUUCUUCUUUGGACUUCUACUGCAAAGCCUCAUUCCCUGACUUCACAUCUCUGUCCAAAGCUUUGUGUCUGCAGCUUCCUGCCAGUAAACUACCGCAUUAGAUAGACUGACAGCUUGUAUUUUUUAUUUAGUCAGUGAUUCUUACUGAUAACAAAGGAAAAUGGGAGUUAAAGCACAAUUCUGCCACUUAAAGACAGUCAAUAGACUAGAUAUUGUAAUAUCAGAUGUAAAAGCUAAACUGUACCUAUUUACAUAUAGAGAAUCUCAACACUAACAUGUGACAUGCUAGAAUGCAAAAAGAAAUCCAUAAUGAAUAUUUGUGAAAUCAUCAGUUUAUGAAGAUGUUACCGUUUCUUUUCCGCAGUGCACCGAUACGAGGGGUUUUUAUACAACAUUCAUUUUCUCUCCUUUCACCCCUUUUCUUCUGUGGCACUCGCAGACUUUCAACAACAGUUUUCUUACCACAUGGCAUGGGUUUUGUUGAUAUUUUUGCUGUAUGUUUAAGGUCACGAGAUACGCGACGUGAUAUUUUAAUUUGACUUGUGAAGUUUGUACAAUUUUUAUCAUGCUGGUGUUGGCAUCUCUUGCUCUGAAUAAAUCUUGUGUUGCGACACUGAU